AUGAAGAAGCUCUCUUCUGCAAUGACCGCCGCCUCUUCACAGAGAUGGCAAACACUACCAUGGCUUCUCAUGUUUUUCUUCUUAUUCUCCACCUUCUCUUUGAGCUCUGUCUCAUCCUCACCAACUCAAUCCUCUAAAUCCUACGAAGAUCAUUGUUCCAAAAGCGUCCCUGGAUCCUUACAGAAGAAGGUUCCACUCACAAACUUUCCACUUGCGCGAUCCCAUACUGGCUUCUAUACUGGUGGCAAUCCUUUUUUGGACCCAAACCCAGUUGCGCCUGACUUCACUUUCUCAAACUCCCUGCUACUUCGAACCUUGGCUGUCUAUGAUACUGAUAUCCGGGGCUUUUUCAAGCUUCAAGGGCGUUUAACAUUUCAAACCGCCUAUAAGCACAAGUACAGGGAAGACUUAUCUAACUUAUCUUAUUCCCGAUAUUCAUACUAUACUGCUUUCACUGAAAUUAGGCCUCAGAGAAGUUCCAUUAGUUUUGAACUGGAGGAGGGGUACUGGUCAGAAUCGAAGGGAAAGCUUUGUAUGGUUGGAUCGGCUUCUGCUUACACUGAAGAAGGUAAGCGGCUUAAUCUUGCUGCUGUUCUUAACCUCAAUAAUGUCACCAAUUCGAAUAGUAUUACUAGUUUGAUUACUGGGACUUUAGAGAGCCUGAGUUCUGCAGAGGAUCCAGCCCAUUUUGAACCGAUUUCCAUGUUGAUACUUCCUAAAAAAAAUUAUAAAUUCUUGUCAGUUUCUGGCGAUAACAUGAAUGAAUUUUCUGGUGGAAGUGAUCUUCCACCUGGUCUGUCACUUAGUUCUUUUCCGGAAUACACAUUCUGUUCAUUAGCCUCAAAGGCAGCCCAAAAGUUCAGUUUGAGGUAUGCCAGUGAUUGCAAAUCUUCAAAGAACUGCACUCCAUUUGAUGCAGACUUCGGAUAUGUGCCUCGUAUCAUGUUCUUGUAUGGGAUUGAGUGUUAUGGGGACAAAGAAAGGAUGCGGAUUCUGGUGGAGUUUCCUAACCAAAGCCGCUUAAACUCCACCAGAACCAGCGUUGAUACUUACCGGAGAUUCGAUCCCAAGACAACUCUGGUUGGGGAAGGAUCAUGGGAUGAGAGCAAGCAUCAGCUCUACAUUGUAGCUUGCCGAUUUUUAGGCAUCACAGAAUCUUUGGCUCAUGCUCGUGUGGGUGAUUGUUCAACAAAAUUGAGCUUGAGGUUUCCUUCUACCUGGUCAAUCAAAGAUGCUAGCAGGAUUGUGGGGCAAAUUUGGACUAACAAAACCGUAAAAGAGUCAGGUUACUUCAAUAGGAUCAUGCUUCGUAGUUCUGGAAAUUAUAUGAUGGAGGUUCCUGAACCAACAGAGUACCGGUACACCAAAAUAGGUACUGCUAUGGAGUUGUGCCCCAAGUCUGACAAGCCUGCUAAAACCAAUGGGGAAAGAUACCCCAAUGGGGACUCUGACUCAAUGAGUUUCGACAUUUCACUAACAGAUUCAGAAGGAAAAAGUACCUGGGGUAAUUUAGCUCCUAUAUCUGUUGGAGAUCACAUUUAUGGCUGA